GUACAGCUGGACAAGCGCGACUACGACACAUCGCUUUUUUCCUCUCAACGUUUUGGACGGAAAAACGGUGGAUUUAUGAUUUUUUUUACUUGAAUGCCACCAAAAAACGAACAGACGGGACACGCUCCGGUUUUUCUAAGCGGCGGUAAUUCAGAAACACAUUGAUAGACCGGCUUUCCGGUGACAUUGGGAGCGGGGAACAGCCGUUUACCCAACAGCCAGCUGGUUUACAGAGCCCCCCUCCUUUGGACUUGAAGUUCAGCGAACCAGCUGAGAUGAGUGGUCCAGAGUUGGCCAAAACACCAGGAGGUGGCGCACCGGGAAAGGAAGGAAAGGAGCCGGUGGCCAACGGGCACGGAGGAGAGGGCACCGACAACCCCUUUGCCGAGUACAUGUGGAUGGAGAACGAGGAGGAGUAUAACAGACAGGUGGAAGAGGAGCUGCUGGAGCAGGAGUUCUUGGAGCGCUGCUUCCAGGAAAUGCUGGAAGAGGAGGACCAGGAUUGGUUCAUUCCUUCACGCGACCUCAACAACCAGGGAGUGGGCCAGCUGCAGCAGCAGCUCAACGGUCUGUCGGUCAGCGACCACCACAGCAACCUGGAGGAGGUGGCGAGGAAGAGCAUCUUGAAUCCCGAGGCAAAGGAGUUCGUUCCGGGGAAGAAAUACUAGGAGUCGCCCUCACCCCCAUGGAGCUUCCACACGCACACCAGUCCUCACACGUUAUCAGAGACUCUUGUGGCCACGGCUGCACACACACACUGAUUCAACCGCACACACAUCCACUCUUGAAAUCAGUGGCGUGUUGGCAGGCCCAGUUGGGGGGUGGGGGGGAUUUCUUUUUUCUUCUUUUUUUUUUUUGCCCUUUAAUUUUUUUAUUUCCUGUUUCUUGUAAAAGGAGGGACGUUGUGAACAGGGGUCGAGGGGGGGUGUCAUACCAGCACUGCCCUACAGCAGGCGCUAGCUAGCUCAUGGUCGCAUUUCCCCUUGUAUUCACGCCAACAGAGCGCGCAGAUCUCACGCAAGUUUCCUCGGAACUGUGGCAGCUACCCAGGAGUGAGGACAGUAAUAAACUUCAAAAGUUCAGAUCACAAAAAUUUAUUUUUUAAGGAGAUUAAUAAGAAAAAACUCACAUUAUUUUUUAGGCUUUCUACUUUUGGGAACACCAACAUCAGCAAUAGGUCGAAGGCUUCUGUGUCGUGGAGGUUGGAGAAGUACUUACAUUCCAGGAGACUUGACUUGAGUUUCUGCCGCUGCUCUGCGGCGCCAUCCGUUCCCCCACGCGUCACAGCUUUUUGUGCAUCUAAAGAGGGCGGGGUCUCGUACGUCCACCCGCGCCGCCCCCUCCCUACACCUUUUCAAUCCAGCAGACAGGCUUUUGUGGCUUAAAAUGAUUCCAGUUUAAGUGGAAACCCCCCAAGUCUAUCUUUGAGAACAGUGUUUAAGAGCAGAGCUUCUAAGUCUUUGAAAUCAUGCUUUGAGUUUGUACAUACGAGGUUUUGAUCCGUUGGUUUUUCUGGUUCAGGGCGAAGGGACGCUGCCUCUCUCCGCCUCCAGCACAUCAAACGUCCAAAUCCAAGUCGGCUUUCAGCCUCCAGGAGAAACCAUAAUGCAGUAUUGCUCCUGCAAUUCUUUUUGUCCUCUCUGAGGAUUUUUCUGUUGAUGAAAUCUUUGUGGUCACUGAGGCAUCCAUCUGUUUUUGAUCAUUAAAUUCAGAGUAAAUGAGAAGAGUCAGAAAGUGGUCUUUAAAAAAACAAACAAAAAAAAAGAUGAGCCAUUUUUUCUUAGGUCAAUUGUGUUAACAGGUUUUCACUUCCUGGUGUUGAGUUCACUAACACUGGACCGGUGCUGGACAGCGCUCCAAACAGUCGUCAUUUAAGGUGGAAUUUCCCCUCAGUGUUGGACCACAGCUGUCAAAUGACACCCCGAAGAGGCCGAUCGGAAUGCCCGCCAGGUGGAUUGUACCACAUGAGGAAAUACGUCUUUUGUUUUUUUUUUUUUUUUUUUUCCUCCCCGACUUAGAUGACAGAAGCUGUUUUAAAGAGAAGAAAAGGUUCAGAGUAUUGAUUUCAGUACAAAUAAAAAUAAUGAAAAAAGAUGAAUAAAGAUGCUAAAGACAAA